UCAUGUUCUCGAGAAUUAUGGAUGGACGUAUAUACGGGAUAUCUCGAGAACAAUUACACCAUCAACUCACGUUUCUUUUCCCUUCCAUGGUGGAGUUGUCCCUUCCUACCUUCCUUCCUCGUUGAUUGGUGAGUUUUGUUGGCUCGAACGCUUUGCUUCCGCGCAUCAUAUAAAGCAAGCAGAAGCGUGGAAGCUAAGUGUGGGGAGGAGGGACGACUCGGCCCUGCGCCGAUGGCUCCGAAUCCUUCGCCGUCCACUUCCACUGCCGCCAUGUGUUCCUCCUCGCAGCCCAGGAACCUCCGCAGCGGCCAGCAAGAGCGGAGCGUGGGGGUCAGGAAGCACCCUCCCGAGCGCUCCGCCUCCUUCCACGGGCGAACGACGACGGCCUUCCCGCAGGAGCACCACCAGAUUCGGCGACCCAAGACCCAGCCCAACCUGCUCCCCCGCGGGGCUAGGAGAGGUGGAGCGGCAGCGGCAGCAGCCGCAGGAAAGUUGCCGGAUGAGGUGGAGCGGAAGGUGCCGACCAAGGUGCUGGUCAAUGUGACGGUGCAGCGGAGCCUGGGGCCGGUGCAGGUGAUGGCAUCCACGGAUUGGAGCGUCGGGGACCUGGUGGCCGCGGCGCUGCGGCUCUACGUCAAGGAGGGGAGGCGGCCGCCGCUGCCCACGCCGGAGCCCUCCGCCUUCGGCCUCCACUACUCCCAAUUCAGCCUUGAAAGUCUGGAUCCGAAGGAAAAGCUGGUUGACUUGGGCUCGAGAAACUUCUUCCUCUGCCUCAAUCCCCAGACCGAAGCAGCAGCUUCAACCUCUUCCUCGUCAUCUGGUCCUUGCUCGAAGCAAGCUGAGAAGGCCUCAAAGAUCGGCAUCUCCUGGUUAAGUUUCAUGGAUUGCUUGCUGUAGCUGGCGUUCUGCAUCAUCUACUCCUUUGUGGUCUGUUCGUUCGGUGAUCUUCUACUGUGACUAUGAUCGUCGUUGUUGCAAUUAUUGGGUGGUGCUUUGUCUCAGGCCGACCUAAAACAAAGCGCAAUCGUGCCUGUGUGCACUUCCGAUCAUGCAGCAAGAUAUACUAUUUGUGCAUCGUAUGCGUAUGUACAUAUUGUAAUGCCAUUAAUAUAAUUACUCCAUCCAAAUAUCCAAAUAUUA